AUAGACCGCUUCAACGAGAAGGAGCUCAUCACCGCCGUAGAGGCAGGAGACGAGGUCAUGGUCAGGAACGUCCUCGCCAGAGGAGGAGACCCCAAGGUGACCAUCCCAACUAACAGUGGUGGGUCGGCGUGCCUGGUGUACUUUGCUGCCGGCCAUGGCCACGCCCACCUCCUGCCCUGCCUGCUGGGGGCGGGGCUCAGCGUGGAGGGCAGCGGCACUGACGACAAAACACCACUGAUGGUGGCUGCCACAAACUGCCACAAGACGACGUUAGAGAAGCUGCUCAUCCUUGGUGCCGACCCGCUGGCUGUUGACAAUGGAGGAUGGACGGCCCUCCACUGGGCUGCAGUAGAUGGUGAAGCUGAGUGUGUGUCUACCCUCAUCCCGGUCACGCCGCCCACCCCCGAGCUGCUGCAGGCCGCCGACGGACACACCCCGGUGCACCUCGCCAGCUUUGGUGGCCACGAGGCUGUGCUGAAGGCCCUGGAGGGGGCUGGCUGGCCUCUUUACGCAAUGGACGGCGAUGGCCUGACACCCCUGCACUGGGCUGUUAAGGCAGGGCGUCUGGACGUGGUCAGGUACCUGCUGGAUAAGGAUGCGGCGCCCAGUACGGGGGCCGGUGAUGACCUCACGCCGCUGGACUUGGCUAAGAGGCAGGGUAAAGACUUAGCAGCGAGGUGGCUGGCGAGGAGGAGCGGCGCGGUGCACGGGGACGCCGCCCACAGCCUGCAUCCUGAGGUCACGUCCAGUGCCGGGGUGAACGCUGCAGCAGGUGACGACACGCUGCGGCCAGAGGACGUGAGGAAACUGCUUGGCCUCAGGGAAUGCCUGAUAGACGGCUUCAACAAGAAGGAGCUCAUCACCGCCGUAGAGGCAGGAGACGAGGUCAAGGUCAGGGACGUCCUCGCCAGGGGAGGAGACCCCAAGGUGAUCACCCCCACUACCUUUGGUGUAUCGUGGUGCCUGGUGGCAGUUGCUGCCCGCCAUGGCCGCGCCCACCUCCUGCCCUGCCUGCUGGGGGCGGGGCUCAGCGUGGAGGGCAGCGGCACUGACGACCAAACACCACUGAUGCUGGCUGCCACUAAUAACCACAAGACGACGGUAAAGAAGCUGCUCAGCCUUGGUGCCGACCCGCUGGCUGUUGACAAUGGAGGAUGGACGGCCCUCCACUGGGCUGCACUGUUAGGUCAAGUUGAGUGUAUGUCUACCCUCAUCCCGGUCACGCAGCCCACCCCCGAGCUGCUGCAGGCCGCCGACGGACACACCCCGGUGCACCUCGCCAGCUUUGUGGGCCACGAGGCUGUGCUGAAGGCCCUGGAGGGGGCUGGCUGGCCUCUUUACGCAAUGGACGGCGAUGGCCUGACACCCCUGCACUGGGCUCUUAAGGCAGGGCGUCUGGACGUGGUCAGGUACCUGCUUGAUAAGGAUGCGGCGCCCAGCACGGGGGCCGGUGAUGACCUCACGCCGCUGGACUUGGCUAAGAGGCAGGGUAAAGACUUAGCAGCGAGGUGUCUGGCGAGGAGGAUCGGCGCGGUGCACGGGGACGCCGCCCACAGCCUGAAUCCUGAGAUCACGUCCAGUGCCGGGGUGAACGCUGCAGCAGGUGACGAUACGCUGCGGCCAGAGGACGUGAGGAAACUGCUUGGCUUCAGGGAAUGGCUGAUAGACCUGUUCAACAAGAAGGUACAGCAACGACUUUGCCGGUGGGUCCAGAGGCUCCACAGGGGCCACAGGACAGAGUACAAGGAACAGCUACACGAGGAGUGUAGAUUACCAGAACAAGCUGAAAGGCCAGAGGUCGGUGUGGUGACCCUAGAUGCGGACAAAGGCUCCAGCAGGCCUUAA